GCGUUUUUAGUGGGGUCGGGGAGCUAGUUGGCGUCUCUCUGGUGAGGAGAUUGGGGCGAGCCAGGUUCUGUCGGCUCUGAAAAGAAUUCGGCCAUCCGCUCACAGGCGGUCUUUGGGGCGGUGACGCCGGAAAUCACGCCGUAUGUGUGCCGUCGACCUCAUGGUCUCCAGGCCGGCCUGCUUAAGGAGCGUUGGUGGUGAAGACAAGGGCGAAUGAAUAGUUUUAUGACAAAUUAGUGCCGUUCCCGGUUGGUCAGUUUGUGGAUUGGUAUAUUUCUUGACCGAAACGUAAAUAGAACACUGGAAGAAUGAAGAUGGAGUCCUAAUAAAACCUCCAAGACCAGGAUCAUCUACUAUUAAGACAACAUUCAACUUACUGAACGAAUUGCACCUUCACGCUGAAGCUUCCUAAGACUACAGAUUUACGAGAUAAUUCUUUUCAAAAUACGGCAUCAAAACCAUUGAGAUUUUAAGGAAUUCAAUUAUAUUUCAGCCACCUCUGAAUAUAUUUUGGACCGACAUUUCGGUAGCUUUCAACUGUAAGCGCAGACCAAUCAUUUACUGGAAGGAACCCUGGAAAAUCCAGAUAAAGUUUUAUAGCCCAGUUAGUGGGUAAAGGCCGGAAGACCCCCUUGCACUCAUGGCUUUCUCAAAUUACAGCAGUUUGAAUCGUGCCCAGCUAACCUUUGAGUAUCUGCAUACCAAUUCAACUACUCAUGAAUUCUUAUUUGGUGCUCUUGCCGAACUGGUUGAUAAUGCCAGAGAUGCUGAUGCCACUAGAAUAGACAUUUAUGCAGAAAAGCGAGUAGACCUUCGUGGAGGAUUUAUGCUUUGCUUUUUGGAUGAUGGAGCAGGGAUGGAUCCAAGUGAUGCUGCCAGUGUGAUCCAGUUUGGGAAGUCUGCCAAGCGAACACCUGAGUCCACUCAGAUUGGGCAGUAUGGUAAUGGAUUAAAAUCGGGCUCAAUGCGUAUUGGUAAGGAUUUCAUCCUCUUCACCAAGAAGGAAGAUACCAUGACCUGCCUCUUCCUGUCGCGUACUUUUCAUGAAGAAGAAGGCAUUGAUGAAGUGAUAGUCCCAUUGCCUACCUGGAAUGCUCGGACCCGGGAUCCUAUCACAGACAAUAUGGAGAAGUUUGCCAUUGAGACAGAACUCAUUUAUAAGUAUUCUCCUUUCCACAACGAGGAGGAAGUUAUGAACCAAUUCAUGAAGAUUCCUGGGGACAGUGGCACACUGGUGAUCAUCUUCAAUCUCAAACUCAUGGAUAAUGGAGAGCCCGAGCUGGACAUAACCUCAAAUCCAAAAGACAUCCAGAUGGCAGAAACUUCCCCAGAGGGCGCGAAGCCGGAGCGGUGCUCAUUCCGUGCCUAUGCUGCUGUGCUGUAUAUUGAUCCACGAAUGAGGAUCUUUAUCCAUGGGCACAAAGUUCAAACCAAGAGACUCUCCUGCUGUCUUUACAAGCCCAGGAUGUACAAGUAUACGUCAAGCCGUUUCAAGACCCGUGCAGAGCAGGAGGUGAAGAAAGCUGAGCAUGUAGCACGAAUUGCGGAAGAGAAGGCACGGGAGGCAGAGAGCAAAGCUCGAACUUUAGAACUACGCCUCGGUGGAGACCUCACACGAGACUCAAGGGUGAUGUUACGACAGGUUCAGAACACAGCCAUUACCCUGCGCAGAGAAGCUGAUGUCAAGAAGCGAAUCAAAGAGGCCAAACAGCGAGCACUUAAAGAACCUAAGGAACUGAAUUUUGUUUUUGGGGUCAAUAUUGAACACCGUGACCUGGAUGGUAUGUUUAUCUAUAACUGUAGCCGUCUGAUCAAGAUGUAUGAGAAAGUGGGCCCACAACUGGAAGGCGGCAUGGCUUGUGGUGGUGUUGUUGGAGUUGUUGAUGUCCCCUAUCUAGUCCUUGAACCUACACACAAUAAGCAGGACUUUGCUGAUGCUAAGGAGUACCGGCACCUGCUGCGGGCUAUGGGAGAACACUUGGUGCAGUACUGGAAGGACAUUGCCAUUGCCCAGCGGGGAAUCAUUAAGUUCUGGGAUGAAUUUGGUUACCUCUCAGCCAACUGGAACCAGCCCCCAUCCAGCGACCUGCGUUAUAAACGCCGGAGAUCUAUGGAAAUCCCAAUCACGAUCCAGUGUGAUUUGUGUCUGAAGUGGCGAACCCUCCCCUUUCAGCUGAAUAGUGUGGAAAAAGAAUAUCCUGACACCUGGGUUUGCUCCAUGAACCCUAAUCCUGAGCAGGACCGAUGUGAGGCUUCUGAACAGAAGCAGAAGGUUCCCCUGGGAACAUUCAGAAAGGACCUGAAGACACAGGAAGAGAAACAGAAGCAGCUGACAGAGAAAAUUCGCCAGCAGCAAGAGAAGCUGGAGGCUCUUCAGAAGACCACACCCAUCCGCUCCCAAGCUGACCUGAAGAAAUUGCCUUUGGAAGUGACUACUAGACCUUCCAGUGAGGAACCUGCACGUAGACCUCAGCGUCCUCGGUCACCUCCAUUACCUGCUGUGAUCAAGAAUGCCCCCAGCAGACCUCCUGCUCUCCAUACUCCCAGGUCAACCAGCCAGACUCGAAAGGCCACUGUUGUGAGCAGUGCCCCAAAGCCUCCAGCCCCACCAGCAGCCCGGGAAGAGGCCACAACAUCAAAGCCAGUCCAGCCUCCUGAUGUCCCCCGCAAGCCUGCUAACACUUCGACCAAGAUUUCAACCCGAUCUGCAGCUGUGGUGCAGCCGCUGACACUGUCUGUGCCACCCAACUCCAGGAGUCUUAGGGAGGUCCCUACACCCAGAGCUGUCAAGGCGCCAGUGGUCAAGAAGGCAGAACCACCCAGUAAAAUAUCAGUGGCUACUUCUGGGAGGAAGCGGGCUCUUGUCUCUGAUGAAGAGGAGGCUGAUGAUGAGGUUGACAGGAGGAAGGAAAGGCCCAAGCGGGGCAAGCUUUCUGUGAAAGAGGAAAAGAAGGAUUCAAAUGAGGAGCCUUCUGUCAGAUUCUGUUCUCCAUUGCAGCUCUCAGAUAGUGCUGGGGAAGAAGACCCAGCUGAUCUCAAGAGUGCUCAGAAAGAUAAAGGACUGCAUGUGGAGGUGCGUGUGAACAGGGAGUGGUACACUGGCCGUGUCACAGCCGUGGAAGUGAGCAAGCUUGCAGUACGGUGGAAGGUGAAGUUUGACUACGUGCCCACAGAUAUAACACCAAGGGACCGCUGGGUAGAGAAAGGCAGUGAGGAUGUGCGGCUGAUGAAGCCCCCAUCUCCUGAGCAUCAGAGUCCUGACACACAGCAGGAGGUGGGUGAGGAGGAGGAGGCAGAGGCACCAGCAGCUGUGCCCCAGCAGGAUGUAGCCGUGGCAGAGCCCUCCACUUCUGACUGCGUCCGCAUUGAACCAGACACCACUGCCCCAAACACCAGCCAUGAGACCAUUGAUCUGCUGGUCCAGAUCCUCCGGAAUUGUUUACGGUAUUUCCUGCCUCCAAGUUUCCCCAUCUCCAAGAAAGAACUGAGCACUAUGAAUUCAGAAGAACUAAUAUCAUUCCCUCUGAAAGAGUACUUCAAGCAGUAUGAAGUGGGACUGCAGAAUCUGUGCCAUUCCUAUGAGAGCCGUGCCGACUCGCGGGCCAAGGCCUCCGAGGAGAACCUGCGUACAUCUGAGAGAAAGCUCCGGGAGACAGAGGAGAAGCUGCAGAAACUGAGGACGAAUAUCGUGGCGCUCCUGCAAAAGGUGCAGGAGGAUAUAGACAUCAACACAGAUGACGAGCUGGAUGCCUACAUCGAGGACCUGAUCACCAAGGGGGACUAAGGAGUUUGGAGCCAGAGAUCAGCUCCCUCAAAGCAGAGUCCCCCUGGGGGGGAGGGGUGAUGUGUUUCAUUUAUGGGUUGGUAGACUUGAUUUGAGCUACCUGGAACAUUUUGUGCUUUUGGAGGGAAAGAUACUCUGAUUCUUUGAAUCUUCCUAAGUUUAUAAAUAAUUUAUUUUUAAAAAGAAAUGAUGCUGUG